ACCCACUCCUAUUGUCUCAAUCUGGCUUCAAAUAACAACCCGCUAUCAUGGCAUCCAAAUUCUCCAAAAAUGAGCUGUACGACGUUGAAGGUCUAGUAGUGGUGGUGACUGGAGGCGGCACUGGAUUGGGUCUGAUCAUUGCGAAGACACUGGAAGUAAAUGGAGCGAAAGUGUACAUUACCGGCCGUCGACAGGACAGACUCGAUGCGGCUGCAGCGCAGGCUGCUCAUGGAAACAUCAUUCCGAUACAAGGCAGUGUCAACGACCUUGAUGAUGUGCAGAGGCUUGUAGACACAAUCACUGCAGAGACAGGCUAUAUUGAUCUCUUGGUCAACAACGCAGGCCAGACGACUAGUGACAGCGGUCCGAAUCCGCGGGCGAUGCCCAGCUCGGAGUCUUCGAUCUCGGAAAUUCGCGACUACUUCUUCAACCACCGGCCCAUGGAAGUGUGGACGAAGGCGUUGGAGACCAAUGUCGCGUCCGUCUUCACGACGACCAUGGCAUUUCUCGAGCUUCUCGACGAGGGCAACAAGCGACGAUCGCCAGAAAAGCCCAAGAGCCAAGUCAUUGCCAUCGGUUCGGUCGCAGGGUUGGCUCGCGGGCUGCCGUCGUUCAUCUACGGUGCCAGCAAAGCCGGAGUGACACAUUUGAUGAAGUCUUUGGGUGGGUUCCUUGUGCCGCACGACAUUCGCACAAACGUCGUUGCACCUGGAUGGUUCCCAUCGGAAAUGACCACGGCUGUCACUGAGAAGUGGGAGGCGACCGGAGGAGUGAUGCCGAAGUCCGUGGUCCCACAGCAGAGGAUGGGCUUGGAAGAAGAGUUUGCUGGUACGAUACUUUUCAUGGCCUCCAAAGCUGGCGGGUAUUGUAAUGGUAAUGUCAUGGUGAUUGAUGGUGGUUACCUCCAAAAUCAUGCAGGUUCCUACUGAAUGUGGCGCAGCCGUUUCAGUAGGAACACAAUCAUCCCUCGAGGGCAAGCAGUUUCGCAAUGAAACAUGACCUUAGCGACAGGGAUGCGCGAAGAAUGUCAGUCAAAUUGUUAUAAUGAUGCUGCAGUGCCAGAGAAUUGAAAAACCAAACGUCGUG